AUGUCGGCUUCCCCUCCAAAAAAUAAGGAUGUGGAACAAGGAGCAUCGCCUGACGGUUCCGAGCCGCCCAUGGACAGAGACGGUCAGGACGCACAAGCACUCGGCCUUGAUUUUGAAGUUAAGGAGCAGGACCGAUGGCUACCAAUAGCAAAUGUUGCUCGGAUUAUGAAAUUGGCACUCCCAGACAAUGCAAAAAUCGCAAAGGAAGCCAAGGAGUGCAUGCAAGAAUGCGUGAGCGAGUUCAUCUCGUUCAUAACGAGCGAAGCUUCCGAAAAGUGCCAACAAGAGAAGCGGAAAACUGUCAAUGGCGAGGACAUCCUCUUCGCCAUGACUUCUCUUGGAUUCGAGAACUAUGCCGAAGCAUUGAAGAUCUACCUCUCUCGGUAUCGCGAAGUAAGCUGCCCAAAGCCCCUCUAG